AGAUACAAUCCACUUGACAAAAUACUGUUCUUGUCCGUCACUGGAGUGGAGGACCUCUUUCUCUGCUUAUUCACUUCCCACAACAGUGACCACACAAGCUCUCUUCCACCACAAAAUUCAAUCCGCAGAAAGACCCCUUUAGUUUUUACGGAUUGUGAAAAAAAGGCCCAAUAAUUCUGACAUAGAACCCCACUUCCGUUAUAGAUCUCAUUUCCCACCUCGCGAUCUGUUACGGAUGCCCCGACACUGAACCCCAAAAUCGUGAUCAUUUUGCCUACAUUUUUUUUUUUUUAAAUCAAGAUUCUAUUGGGAAUACAGAUUCCCAUCAAAAUUUUCUGGAGGGGAGGAAAACGGGGUGGUUGAUCGAGUAUGAGACGGAGACCGGUGGAUUUUCGGAGGCCGGUGAGGAGGCGAGUUUCAAAUGUACUGUGGUGGGUAUUGUGUGGAUUAGCGGUUUUGCUUUUCAUUUUCGUUCUGAGCAGAGGAAGUCAAAUUGAGUCGAGGCCGGCGAUAUCCAAGAGACCUUACAGGCAUGAUAGAAUUAUGGAAGGCCUUAACAUUACUGAAGAAAUGUUGAGCCCUGACUCAGUCGCCAGGCAACUAAGUGACCAAGUUUCUCUUGCAAAAGCUUUUGUUGUAAUUGCAAAAGAAAGCAACAACCUUCAAUUUGCUUGGGAAUUAAGUGCCCAGAUUCGCAAUUCACAGAUCCUCCUCUCAAAUGCUGCAAUAAGGCGAACACCUCUGACAACCAGAGAAUCAGGAACUGCAAUCCGUGAUAUGGCAAUUUUACUCUACCAAGCUCAGCAACUUCAUUAUGACAGUGCAACCAUGAUCAUGAGACUGAAAGCCAAAAUCCAAACUCUCGAUGAACAAAUGAGUUCUGUGAGUGAAAAGAGUUCAAAAUAUGGACAAAUAGCUGCAGAAGAAGUUCCAAAAAGUUUGUAUUGCCUUGGUGUCUGCUUAACAACGGAAUGGUUCAAAAACUUAAACUUACAGAGGAAGCUUGUUGAAAGGAAGCAAUUAGACAUGAAACUUAAGGAUAACAAGCUCUAUCAUUUCUGUGUCUUCUCCGACAACAUACUUGCAACUUCAGUCGUGGUCAAUUCAACUGCCUUAAAUUCCAAAGAUCCAGAUAUGGUUGUGUUCCAUCUUGUUACAGAUGAAAUAAAUUAUGCUGCAAUGAAGGCUUGGUUUUCCAUGAACGAUUUUCAAGGAGUGACUGUUGAGGUUCAAAAGUUUGAAGACUUCAGUUGGCUAAAUGCUUCUUAUGUUCCUGUUCUUAAGCAGCUCCAGGAUUCCGAAACACAGAGCUAUUAUUUUUCGGGCAAUAAUGAUGAUGGCCGAACUCCAAUAAAGUUUCGAAACCCAAAGUAUUUAUCCAUGCUUAACCACCUCAGAUUUUAUAUCCCUGAGGUCUUUCCGGCACUGAAGAAGGUGGUAUUUCUUGAUGAUGAUGUUGUGGUUCAAAAGGAUCUCUCUGCUCUUUUCUCCAUUGAUUUGAAUGGUAACGUCAACGGAGCUGUUGAGACAUGCAUGGAGACAUUUCAUAGAUACCAUAAGUACUUGAAUUACUCUCACCCUCUUAUAAGAGCACACUUUGAUCCUGAUGCAUGUGGAUGGGCUUUUGGGAUGAAUAUUUUCGAUCUGGUUGAGUGGAGGAAAAGGAACGUAACUGGUAUCUACCACUACUGGCAGGAAAGGAAUGUAGACCGAACAUUAUGGAAACUUGGUACACUUCCGCCUGGACUGUUGACAUUCUAUGGAUUGACGGAGCCUUUGGAUUCCUCAUGGCACGUUCUGGGAUUGGGCUAUACAAAUGUUGAUCCGCAGUUGAUAGAGAAGGGUGCUGUGCUGCACUUCAAUGGAAACUCAAAGCCAUGGUUGAAGAUUGGGAUUGAAAAAUACAAGCCCCUUUGGGAGAAAUAUGUUGAUUAUUCGCAUUAUUUAUUGCAACAGUGCAAUUUCCAUUGAUUUUGGACGCUAACAUUUUAUGAUUUAUCUUCUCCGCCUUAAUUUGGUUCAUAACGAGAUUUGAGUUUUGAUGCCCA